UAUUUAGUUGGUUUAUGGAAGCCGAUCGUGGCGGAUGGUUAUAUUCUAUUCUUGCUUUUUCGAAAACUCCCAGUACUAAAUCUAAUCAAAAAUCAUCUCUCAUUUAAGAGAGAAUAAUAGUGUUUUUUUUUUUUUACUUUGCAAAUAUCUUUUAAGAGUAAAUUAUAAAAACAACAAACUUGUCAUCCGCCCGUCCAUAGCCUUUCUUUGCCAUUCAACUAGCUGGUAGCCAAAAAAUUUCGGAAAAAUAUCGUGUCCAUUAAAUCAAUUAGAAAUAAAUAAUCCAUUAACAAAAUAACUAAUUGAUACAACUGGCCACAAAACGGACAACAUCUCAUCAACACAAUGGAAGAUGACACCAGUCCAAUGGACGCAUUUUGUGGUUCUGAGUUUUGGAAUCUAAAUCGAACUUGGUACACAGAAGAUCCCGACUUUACACCCUGCUUUGAACAAACAAUUUUAGUUUGGGUGCCAUGUGCCUUUUUGUGGGUUUUCAUGUUCCUAGAAUUAUAUUACUUGCGUGCAAGUUUAGAUAGAAAUAUUCCAUGGAAUUUCAAAAAUCUGUCCAAAGUUAUAUUACAUGUUGCUUUGUUAGUACUUUGUGUAGUUGAUUUUGUUAAAGCUUUGACUACAAGAAGUUCAACAGAAAAUGUAAUAUUCCCAGUUGAUAUUUGGGGACCUGUUAUAAAAUUCUUUACUUUUGCGGUAGCUGGAAUGUUGGUUGUGUUGAAUCGCAAAUUUGGCGUACAAACAUCUGGAACUUUGUUUAUGUUUUGGUUGUUUUUAGUUUUGUUUGCUAUUCCUCAAUGCCGGACGGAGAUUAGAGAUAAUAAUGAUCGACAUGGUGGUAGUUUAGAAGCCACUGCCACUACAGAACAAAAUGCAUGGGCAGAUUAUAGGUUUACAAGUUUUAUGAUUUAUUUUGCAAUUUCUAUUGCGAUAUUGGUGUUUAACUUUUUUGCUGAUAAUAUGCCCAGGGAGACCAAGUAUACUAGGUCAAAGAAAGAAAUUCCCGAACUGUCCGCAAGUUUCUUAUCCCGCGUCACAUACUCAUGGUUCGACAAAAUGGCCUGGCUCGGCUAUCGCAAGCCUCUCGAAGAAAAAGAUCUCUGGGAUUUGCGUCCACAAGAAAGUUCCAAAGAAGUAAUGCCAAUUUUCGCCAAACACUGGAAUAAAAAUGUUCGCAAAAACUAUUCAGUUGAAAAUCGUGCCCCAAAAGCUCAAUUUAGCAAUGGAAAUGUAACAUUUGAAAACCCACAUGGAUCAAAAACUAAAGGCUUUGCAUCUAUUAUGCCACCAAUUGUUAAAUCAUUCGGUGGAAUUUUCCUGUUUGGAUCAUUCUUAAAAUUAGUAUCUGAUAUGUUGACUUUCGCAUCACCACAAAUUCUUGGAUGGAUUAUCAAUUAUGUUGAACACAAAUCCGAUCCGGAAAAAAUAACUGAACCCGAAUGGAAAGGUAUAUUCUAUGCCAUCUUAUUGUUUAUUUGUGCCGCUUUGCAGACAUUCUUCCUUGGUCAAUAUUUCCAAAAGAUGUACAUUGUUGGUUUACGUAUUCGUACUGCUUUGAUUAAUGCCAUCUAUCGGAAGGCACUUAUCAUAUCGAAUGCAGCGAAAAAAGAAUCAACAGUUGGUGAAAUUGUCAAUCUUAUGGCUGUGGAUGCUCAACGUUUUAUGGAAUUGACAACUUACCUGAAUAUGUUGUGGUCAGCUCCAUUGCAAAUUAUACUAGCUCUCUAUUUCCUAUGGAAUCUACUUGGAAUUUCAGUUCUAGCUGGUUUAGCUGUUAUGAUCAUAUUGAUUCCAAUUAAUGGUGUUAUUGCCAAUCGUAUUAAAAUUCUACAAGUCAAACAAAUGAAGUACAAGGAUGAUCGUGUUAAAUUGAUGAAUGAAGUUUUGGGUGGAAUUAAGGUGUUGAAACUAUACGCUUGGGAACCAAGUUUCGAAGAACAGGUUCUAGAAAUUCGUGACAAAGAAAUUGAAACUCUAAAAUCGGCUGCUUACUUGAGUGCCGGAACAUCUUUCUUAUGGUCUUGUGCUCCAUUUUUGGUUUCAUUGGUAACAUUUGCAACAUAUGUAUUGAUCGAUGAAAAAAACGUACUCGAUCCAUCAACAGCUUUUGUUUCAUUAUCAUUAUUCAACAUUUUGCGUUUUCCAUUAGCUAUGUUACCCAUGUUGAUAACGAAUUUAGUUCAAACUCAAGUUUCUGUGAAACGUAUCAAUAAAUUCUUAAACAGCGAAGAAUUAGAUCCCGAUUGUGUGGGACACGAUAAGACAUUCCCUCAUCCAAUGUUAAUUCAAAAUGGAACAUUUUCUUGGGGUGAUGAAAAUGCAAUUCUCAAAAACAUCAAUAUGGAAGUUAAAAAGAACACCCUUGUAGCUAUUGUGGGUACAGUGGGUUCUGGUAAAAGUUCUGUGAUAUCAGCAUUCCUAGGAGAAAUGGACAAAUUAAAUGGUCGUGUAAAUACUGUUGGAUCAGUUGCCUAUGUACCACAGCAAGCAUGGAUUCAAAAUGCCACAUUACGUGAUAAUAUCCUGUUUGGCAAGGAAUACGAUCGUAAACGGUAUCAAAAAGUAAUUGACGCAUGUGCCUUACGAGCUGACAUUCAAAUGUUGGCCGCUGGUGAUAAGACAGAAAUUGGUGAGAAAGGUAUCAAUUUGUCAGGUGGACAAAAACAAAGAAUAUCACUUGCCAGAGCUGUGUACAGUGAUUCAGAUUUGUAUUUACUGGAUGAUCCUUUGAGUGCGGUAGAUGCACAUGUGGGCAAACAUAUUUUCGAAGAAGUUAUUGGACCAACUGGUUUAUUGGCUAAGAAAACUCGUGUCUUGGUUACUCAUGGAAUCACUUAUUUGCCCAAGGUCGAUAAUAUUUAUGUUCUGAAGGAUGGUGAAGUCAGUGAAGAUGGAACUUAUUCAGAAUUGUUGAACAAAAAGGGAGCUUUCUCUGAUUUCUUAAUUCAACAUUUAACUGAGAGUAAUGCAGAAGAAGAAGAAUUGGAAGAGAUCAAGGAACAACUUGAAAAAACUGUACAAUCUGAAGAACUGAGGGGCAAAUUGGAACGAGUUAUCAGCCGAGCAAGGACUGAAAGUAUUUCAGAAACUGCUUCUGUUCGAUCAUUUGGCAGUGACAAAGGCAGUAUACGUAAACGUAAAACCAACCGUCAAGAUUCAGUCGAUUCAACUGUUUCAAAAUUAUCCACCGAUAAAGCGUCACCUGCUAAAGAUGAUGGUAAAUUGAUAGAAAUUGAAAAAUCACAAACUGGUGGUGUUGACUUUGCGGUCUAUAAACAUUACAUCAAAAGCAUUGGCAUUACAUUAGCUGUUUCAACAAUUCUCUUGAAUUUCCUAUUCCAAGUAUUUGCCAUUGGUUCGAAUUUGUGGCUAACAAAAUGGUCAACUGAUACAGCAGCUCAAACUGAUACAUCUCUUCGUAACAUGUACUUAGGUGUUUAUGGUGCAUUUGGUUUUGGACAAGGAGUUGCAUCGUAUUUCGCCAUUGUAACGCUCUACGUCGGAUGCUUUGAAGCUUCGAAAAAAAUUCACAACAACCUUCUGAAAGUAAUUAUGCGUGGUUCGCUGCCAAAUUUCUUCGAUAUCACAUCAGUUGGUCGUCUAUUGAAUAAUUUUAGUGGCGAUUUGGAAACAGUCGACGAAGGUGUUUCAGCGUCGUUGGAUUCGUUUUUGACGUUUAUAUUUAUGGUUUUGGCUACUGUUGUUGUUAUUUGUAUAUCAACACCAAUAUUUUUGGUCGCAAUUAUACCAAUUGCAUUGAUUUACUAUUUCGCUCAACGAUUCUAUGUGGCUACCUCAAGACAAUUGAUGCGUUUAGAAUCAGUAACAAGAUCACCGAUUUAUUCGCAUUUUAGUGAAACUGUUACAGGAGUUACUACAAUUCGUGCUUAUGAUGUUGGACAGAGAUUUGUCGAUGAAUCCGAUAACCGCGUCGAUUUGAAUCAAUUAUGCAAAUACCCAAGUGUCAUUGCCAAUCGUUGGUUGGCCAUUCGCUUGGAAAUGAUUGGUAAUUUGAUUAUUCUCUUUGCCUCACUCUUUGCCGUGUUGGGUGGUCAAACCAAUGCCGCCUUGGUGGGUUUGUCUGUCAGUUAUUCACUUCAAAUCACCCAAACUCUCAAUUGGUUGGUGAGAAUGACAUCGGACAUUGAAACGAAUAUCGUUGCCGUUGAACGUAUUAAGGAGUAUGGUGAAACCAAACAGGAAGCUCCAUGGGUUAUUGAUAAUGUUAAGACCCCACAAGGCUGGCCACAAGAAGGUCGUGUUGUGUUUGAGGACUAUAAGGUUCGUUAUAGGGAAGGAUUGGAUCUUGUAUUGAGAGGUGUUAGCUUUGAUAUCCGUGGUGGAGAGAAAGUUGGUAUUGUUGGACGUACUGGAGCUGGUAAAUCCAGUCUUACAUUGUCUCUAUUCAGAAUCAUUGAAGCAGCUGGUGGACGUAUUCUUAUCGAUGGUGUCGAUAUCGCAACACUUGGUCUCCAUAUGCUGCGUUCACGUCUAACAAUUAUCCCACAAGAUCCUGUUUUGUUCUCAGGAACUCUGCGUAUGAAUUUGGAUCCAUUCCAAAAGAAUUCGGAUGAUGAAAUUUGGACAGCUUUAGAAUUGUCUCAUUUGAAAACGUUUGUUAAGGGAAUGACAGCUGGUUUGAAUCAUGAAAUCAGUGAAGGUGGUGAGAAUCUAUCGGUCGGACAGAGGCAAUUAGUGUGUUUGGCUCGUGCAUUAUUGAGGAAGACCAAGGUUUUGGUAUUGGAUGAAGCAACAGCUGCUGUAGAUUUGGAAACUGAUGAUCUGAUUCAGAAAACAAUUCGAUCUGAAUUCAAGGACUGCACAGUCCUUACCAUUGCCCAUCGUUUGAAUACAAUUCUCGAUUCUGACAAGGUAAUUGUCUUGGACCGAGGUGAAAUUAUAGAAUUCGAUUCACCAGCAUCAUUGCUUGAAGAUAAAAACUCAGCUUUCCAUAGCAUGGCAAAGGAUGCAAAUUUGGCGUAGAAAAAAACAAAAAACUUAAACUUACUUACUUAAAAAAAAACUCAAGGAAAUUAAUUUCUACUACACCUUUUUGAAUUAAAACAAAAAAAAAAAAAUCGAAUUUUUAUUAGCAAUAUAUUAUGGUGAGAAAAAAAUAUCUGCGAUAAAAAACAACAAUUUACUUAAGAUUUAUACAAUUACAUACAAACAAAACAAAACAAAACAAAUAUGCAAUCCAAACUCUAGUUCAAUUGAAAGUUUUUCCCAUUAUUAACCCUCCAAAAUAAGUUUUUUUUUCUUGUUUUGUUUUUUAAUUUAUUACUAAUUAGCUCCAAUUUUUUGUAAAAAAAAAAUGUUAAUAUUUGUAUCCGUUGUUUUUUUUUUUAAUUUUUCAAAUUAUUUCUGUUUUUAUAAUAUUUUUUUAAUCUAAUGUGUACUUACAAAACAAACAAACAGAACAUCAAAAAAAUUACUUAAUUAUAAAAAAAAUACUUAAUUUUUUUAAUACAUACAUACAUAGUUGUUUUUUUUUUUUUAAAUAGAACUAAGAACUAAUUAUUGUAAUCUUGUAAUUUUUAUAUAAUGUAUAAAUACAUCAAUGAUUUAUAUUUGUAUUUACUUAAUAUACAAAAACUUACUACAGUAAAAAAAAAAUAAAAUUAGAAAACUGCCUUAAGAACUUAAAAAAUAGAAACGAAGAAGUUAAAAAAUUAAAAAUAAAUUUUAAUUUCUUUUUUUUUUUAAUUAAGUCUUGUAUAAAAUGUUGUGUGAAGUGCCUACUAUCUCUGUCUUUCUGCUACUUCCGCAGAUGUUAACUCUUAGCCAGUUGUGUUGACAAAAUAAACACAAAAUGUAAAUUGUCUUUAAUGAAUUUAUUUUUUUAAACAAAAUCAAUCUAAAUGUUUUCAUAGCAAAAAAGUGGCAUUAUGCGAGAUUAACUUAAUUUUUUUUUGUUAUAUUUUGUCUUUAAAAAUAAAAAAUAUAUAUUUUAUAUUGUAUUUUUUUUUUUUCACUUUUAGAAAAUAGGUUAAACACAAAAAUUGAAAUAAAGAAAGAUCACAUUUAGAGAUUCGGUGGUACCUCAAACUAAUAUUUAAGCAAAUCAAAAAUUGUGUAACAAAAAAAAUUAAUAAAAUGCAAAUUCUUUUAAAAAAUAUUUGUUUCUUUUAAAAUUUACACAAAUGCAAAUUUGUUUGAUAUUUGAUUACUAACAAUAAGCACGUGGAAUUUUGUAUAAAAUUGUUUAACAAAUUAAUAAAAAAUCUAUUAUUUUACAAUAAUCAAAAUUCAAUCAUAGUGUUUUUUAUUAAAUUUAAAUGGAUUCAAAUAAAAAAAAAA